CCUUUUCAAACUGGGAUCUUGUUUAGGAUCUUCCUWUUAUUUUACUUAUAUAAAAAACCCUUGCAUUUUCAAGGCUARAAARCAAGGCAGUUAAAGAAUUUUCGUUUGUUGGUAUUUGGUGUGGCACAAGAGAAUGGAAGGAAGACCCAGUAACGUCGACGCUUGAAAGCCACUGUAGUUUUUCACAAUUUCAAAACACGAUUCAAAUUGUUGUGGCAAUUUUAAUUUAAGAAAACGAUAGUCAUGAAGCUGUUUAUAUUUUAUACUUUACUGACCAUUGCUAUGGUAACACAAUCAACACAAGCAUCCAAAACAAAAGUACUUAACAGAUCUCGUCGAAGUGUCCUCAUCAAAACUAUGCACAAAAUAUGGCUAAAUAGACACAAGCGCGAUGUGGACGUACUCAAACUCGUCGCUCUGAGAGAGAAGUUAACAAGAAUGAGACGUGACUUAUUAACUGGACCACCGCAAAUUGUGAAAGUUGAAAUCAAGUUCAAAAGUGAUUGGUUACACCACAUGUCAGAACACGAAUCAACUCAAUAUCGAUUGAUGGACGGUAAUAUCCAAGACGCGAUCUUUACAGAGCUAUUUGGGGACACGGAAUUUAUUGAGUCUAAAGUAAUGACACUAAAAGAGUCUCAAGACAAAMAAGUCUUGGCCGAUAUAGAGUUUGACUUCGACCAAAACGAGGAAGACCCUCUGAGACACUUAAGAGCCAUUGUUGAGACAGGAAGGAUAUCUGGAAUGGAAGUUUACAAGUAUUACUUCGUUAUUCUCAAUAACAAUGCAGCUGCCAAACCAGCAGUCAAUCCAGCAGUYYCRAACAAAUCACKUGAUGYAGCCGCAGUAAGGCCAUCUUCMUCACCGAUAGUACCACAACCAUCUCAGCCACCACCGGCGGCAGCAGCACCAGCAGGAUACAAGGGACCAUAUCAAGAAUUCCAAUUCGACAUCAAGCUAAAGCAGCCUUGGGAUCAGCGMCUUAGUGACCAAAACGACAACAAAACAAAAAGCCUURMCGAUCACAUACAAAAAAUACUCAAGAUCAUUUUCGACAAAGAGCCCAAUUUUGUGGACGACAAAGUUGAAAGCAUAAGUAAUGGGCCAGACGCACACCCGUUUGUCCGCAUCAUGCUGAGAUUCAAACCUGGCGAAAACAACCCCGAGGACAAGAUGCUACAGCUUGUUAAGUCAGGUUUUCUUGGAGACAUACCAAUCUUCAAUGAUUACCUUAACGGCCAAAUACCAGGCACUGGACCACCGCCUAAAGAGCAAGAACCACGCCCAACUAAAGGGUUUGUACCGUACCACCCACCUCCACUGGUACAGGCUCAAGCAUCAGCUGAAGCGCCUGCUCAACCACCAGCUCCGUCAGCAACGCCAGCCGUACCAGUUCCUACUCAGGCGUUCAUCCAAACAACCCCAGCUCCUCCCCAACCUAAAAAACUGACUGGCAACUUCAUUUUGGAUCAGACAUGGUAUCCAUUUAUGGACAAUAUCCAAAGUGCUACUGAUAAGAUACUCUCUGAUGAUAUUGCUAAGGCGAUAAAGGAUGCUUAUGCUCCAUAUGAUGUCGGAGUAAAGAUCUUAGGUUUAGGUCGCUCACCCGACGGCAAGAUUCAAGUGAAUUACGAACUGACCUUUCCUACAGAGCUGACACCGUCACUGAAACCUUUACAGGACGCUAUGACCAAUGGAUUUCUUGGAGGAUUUCCAAUAUACACUGGUAAAAAAGCUGAUUCAAACCCAGCACCAACAGCCGCACCAACGAGUCCAAAUUGGUUCAAUAAUCAAACAAGUCAAGCAAACACUGYAGCRCAAAGUGGCUAUACAGGACAAACAGGUUACACUCCACCAGCUGGUCCAACCAUUAGCUUGACCACGAAAGUCAACCAAACCAGCUACACCGGUCAAUCCGGCUAUACUCCACCAGCCGACGAAUCCAAUCUACCAAACAGCCAAACUAGUUAUCCAGGUUAUACCGCAUUGACCAAUCAAACUAGCCAAACAGAUCAAACAGGUCAAACUAGUGUGACACCACCAGAAAUACCCCCAUUGUUAGCWAACAAUCAAACCAGUUAUACCGGACAGACUAGUUAUACGACCCCAAUCAACCAGACAAGCUAUACGAACCAAGCCAGUCCGACCGCUGCAGCUCCUUCUCAAGCGCCUUCAUAUAGUGAAGUCCCAAUUCUUCCUGCAAAUCCUCCUGUUGUUAAGUACCAGCCUGGUGUUGUACCUUUGCCAAGAGGCAUACCUCACUCGUGUGAAGAAAUACGAUCAUACGGCAUUGGUAACGAAGACGGAGAAUAUGUCAUCAAAGCAAGGGACAAAUGCCAUCUUAGCAUCAUUUGUCAGAAUAUGAAAGAGCCCCAUCCUAAAGAGUACCUGGGAGGCCCAGCACAAAAAGAAUGGAUGUAUUACCACUAUGCAGUAUUAGUCAGGAUAUCAGCUCAAGAUAAAAAGACAAUCGACAAACGAGCCUGUCUCGAAAACACAGCAACAGGGCGUGAAUUCAUUGCUAAAGUCAUGGCAGCUGAUGCAGCACAGGGGAAUCCCCUUGUACCAUGGAAAACCGACAUUAAGAGAAUGCUUCAUUCAUAUAUUGGCGAUAAAAGAAAAAAGAGAAGAUCUAUGGAAAAUACGGAUAUUACCCUUUGUACCAAGGCCGUCAAGAUCUAUAAAAGGUAG